AUGGAGAACCACCCCUCAAGACGAAGAGAAUCCAUCUCUCUCACAUCUGUGGCCAAGGGUCUGGAGAACAUGGGGGCUGAUUUCUUGGAAAGCCUGGAGGAAGGUCAGCUCCCUAGCAGUGACUUAAGCUCCACAGAGAUCAGGAGCAGCUGGAGCGAGGCGGCGCCGAAGCCCUUCUCCAGAUGGAGGAACUUGCAGCCAGCCCUGAGAGCCGGAAGCUUCUGCAGGGAGCACAUGCAGCUGUUUCGAUGGAUCGGCACAGGCCUGCUCUGCACUGGGUUCGCUGCCUUCCUGCUGGUGGCCUGCCUUCUGGAUUUCCAGAGGGCCCUGGCUCUGUUUGUCCUCACCUGUGUGGUCCUCACCUUCCUGGGCCACCGCCUGCUGAAACGGCUUCUGGGGCCAAAGCUGAGGCGGUUUCUCAAGCCUCAGGGCCAUCCCCGCCUGCUGCUCUGGUUUAAGAGGGGCCUAGCUCUUGCUGCUUUCCUGGGCCUGGUCCUGUGGCUGUCUCUGGACACCUCCCGGCGGCCUGAGCAACUGGUGUCCUUCGCAGGAAUCUGCGUGUUCAUCGCUCUCCUCUUUGCCUGCUCAAAGCAUCAUUGCGCAGUGUCCUGGCAGGCUGUGUCUUGGGGACUUGGACUGCAGUUUGUACUUGGACUCCUCGUCAUCAGAACAGAACCAGGAUUCAUUGCAUUCGAGUGGCUGGGCGAGCAGAUCCGGAUCUUCCUGAGCUACACGGAGGCCGGCUCCAGCUUUGUGUUUGGGGAGGCGCUGGUCAAGGAUGUCUUUGCCUUUCAGGUUCUGCCCAUCAUUGUCUUCUUCAGCUGUGUCAUAUCGGUUCUCUACCACGUGGGCCUCAUGCAGUGGGUGAUCCUGAAGAUUGCCUGGCUGAUGCAAGUCACCAUGGGCACCACAGCCACUGAGACCCUGAGUGUAGCUGGAAACAUCUUUGUGAGCCAGACUGAGGCUCCAUUACUGAUCCGGCCCUACUUGGCAGACAUGACACUCUCUGAAGUCCACGUUGUCAUGACCGGAGGUUAUGCCACCAUUGCUGGCAGCCUGCUGGGUGCCUACAUCUCCUUUGGGAUCGAUGCCACCUCGUUGAUUGCAGCCUCCGUGAUGGCUGCCCCUUGUGCUUUGGCCCUCUCCAAGCUGGUCUACCCGGAGGUGGAGGAGUCCAAGUUUAAGAGGGAGGAAGGAGUGAAACUGACCUAUGGAGAUGCUCAGAACCUCAUAGAAGCAGCCAGCACUGGGGCUGCCAUCUCCGUGAAGGUGGUCGCCAACAUCGCUGCCAACCUGAUUGCGUUCCUGGCUGUGCUGGACUUCAUCAAUGCUGCCCUCUCCUGGCUGGGAGACAUGGUGGAAGUCCAAGGGCUCAGCUUCCAGCUCAUCUGCUCCUACAUCCUGCGGCCUGUAGCCUUCUUGAUGGGUGUGGUGUGGGAGGACUGCCCAGUGGUAGCUGAACUGCUGGGGAUCAAGCUGUUUCUGAACGAGUUUGUGGCCUAUCAAGAACUCUCCAAGUACAAGCAACGCCGCCUGGCAGGGGCCGAGGAGUGGGUCGACGACAGGAAGCAGUGGAUCUCCGUCAGAGCUGAAGUCAUCACCACGUUUGCCCUCUGUGGAUUUGCCAAUUUCAGCUCCAUUGGGAUCAUGCUGGGAGGCUUGACCUCCAUGGUCCCCCAACGGAAGAGCGACUUCUCCCAGAUAGUGCUCCGGGCGCUCUUCACGGGAGCCUGUGUGUCCCUGGUGAAUGCCUGUAUGGCAGGGAUCCUCUACGUGCCCAGGGGGGCUGAAGUCGACUGUAUGUCCCUCUUGAACACGACCCUCAGCAGCAGUAGCUUUGAGAUAUACCAGUGCUGCCGUGAGGCCUUCCAGAGCAUCAACCCAGAGUUCAGCCCAGAGGCCCUGGACAACUGCUGUCGGUUUUACAACCACACGAUCUGUGCAUAGUGAGGACAGAACAUGUUUGUGCUUCUGUGCUUCUGAGGGCUGUUCUCCCCCAGGAACCAUCUGUCCCCACCUUCCCUUUCCCAGGGCCCUCUUCAGGGAAGCCACAGGACUUAGACCCAGCUCAAUCCCACAAUUGGGAAGGGGUCAUGGAGUGAGUGUGCGGAGUGAGUGAGGACAUAAGGAAGGACAUGUGCCACUCCAUCCCCCUUCCUGCUCCAUUUCCUAACUCCCCUAGUGUGAAUUCCCAGGGUCACUUCUGCCUCCUCCCCUUUCCCCUCCACAUCCAAACAGCACCCUGGUCCUCUCUAUCCCCCAUCUCCUGGGGUCCCUCACAUGCCCCUUCCCUUCUGUUGUGGGCCGCACACCAAAUCCUCCUCCCCUCCCCACUUCCUGGGCGCUAGGAUCUCUCUGUGGCUUCCCCUGCUGGGUGGUGUCACCUCUUUCUCUGCUUUCAGAGACUCCCUUCCCGCCUUUCCUCAGAGCGCUUCCCAAACUGAGGUCCCAUGGCACACAGUCCUGGGAGGCGUUCAGAGGGUUCCCUGACGGACUAGGUUUGGAACCACUGGGUUAAAUAAACUUAGAGAGGGCUAUGUAG